AUGGAAGGCAAGAAGCGAAGUAGCCAAGUAUUUCGAGAUAGAGGACUAUGGAAGGUGGCCGAAAAGCUGUUUGUGCAGGUGAUGGAGACUCGCAAGGCGCUCGGGGCCGAUCAUCCCUCGACGCUGACGAGCAUGGCCAACCUGGCGUCGACGUACAGGAACCAAGGCCGGUGGGAGGAGGCCGAAAAGCUGGAAGUGCAGGUGAUGGAGACUCGCAAGGCGAAGCUCGGGGCCGAUCAUCCCCACACGCUGGCCGCCAUGGCCAACCUGGCGUCGACGCUUUGGAAACAGGGUCGGUGGGAGGAGGCCGAGAAGCUGGAACGCCGCAAUACUACCUUGGCACGUAAUUGA